AUGCUUCCUCAAAAUACGAUUGAAGAGCCGGAGCCGGAGGAGGAGGAGUGCGAGAAUCCGACGUUGGCAGCAGCAACAACAAUGAUUGAGGUGGAGCCUCAGGACUCCGUGUCUGUUUGUGCACCAUCAGAAGUAGGCUCCGUCGCUGAUGGAACCAACAGCCAUUCACUGAAGCGACCCGAGCUAGGAGGCCGACAUCAGGAGGAGUACCUACCAGCAAGCUUGUCCUCCAGUGAUCACAUCAGCAACUCAGAGCAUCAUUUCAUAGCUUGCUUACAAGCGGUGCGCGCGGAUGUGAUCACGGAGUGCGUCAUCAAUGCCAAGAACUCACGAGGCAUUCCUCAAGAGAUAAGAUUCGACUUUGACAAAACCAAAGACAACGUGCUCCUUGCAGCCUUUUGCCUUUUUGGUGACGGGAGUGUGGACAAGGGCAUGGGCUUCGAGAAGCUCACAAUAGACAUCGAGCAUGCUGUGAUGAACCGAUGCAAAGAUCUCAUCGGGGUUGAGGCUGGCAUGGGCUCUGUACAUACCGCCGCCUUUGCCAUGCACGCAGGAGUUCCACAGGCAACAAGUUCUGCUCGUGAGGAAGGCGCUGGUGUUUCUCACUCAGACGGCUUUGCGCAACAGACUGUUCAGUCAAAAGACAAAGAACUGACAGAUGUUGAGGACUCGAAGGUGAAUUGGCACAGCCUGGGCUGGCCUGCUGCGAAAAGAAUACAACUCUCGUCGGACAUCUCCAAGACGAAUUCGGAGAAAGGAGUCGAUGAGGUGAUUCUCCGGGAGCAGCGAGAUGCGAUCUUGCUACUUCAAAGGAGUCUUGCAUACCUCAUCCCUAAAGUUACUGAGGACUACUUCCCUGUCUUGGGAGACUGGUGCAAGCAGACGAUAGAAGCAGUUGAGCUCUUCCGAAGCUACCACAACAUACAGAAUGAGAAGGGCGUUGUGGAUGCAAAGAUUUGGGACAAGCUUGCUGAUGAGGUGAAAAAGAAAGAUGAAAAGGAAGCCAAGAAGAAAGAAGAUCGGCUCAAAGAUCAGCUGAAUAGACAACAGGAGAAGCUGCAGCGAAAGGAGCACAGAAACUUUGAAAGUUCUGAAACGUACAAAAACAUGAUGGACGCUUGCCAAGUAAACCUUGGUGCAGUCAGUGCGGCUGGCAAGACCACGGUUUCGACGGCAGACACAGCUACUUCAAAAGGUAAGGCAUCUACAGCCGAGACAACUACCUCGAAUGGAACAGCGCUGGCAGGUCAGGCGUCCAGUAGAGCUUCCCAGCAGUCGACUGCUGGGAGCAACAAUUCGAUGGCACAGUCGUCUCCGCCUAAGACGGAGCCACUCAAAUCACAGCCGAACACGCCACGCGCUACAUCCAAAGAUGCUCACAAUGCAAACCUGCCAAUGCAGCCUCAGCAACAGCCUGGUAUUUCUUCAAGGCAACCUUCUCAUGGCCAAGGGCACAUGCAGCAAAACGCGAAUCAAGCACCUCACUUCCAGCAGCACUUGCAGUCGACACAAUCUCAAGGAUCCUUUCCGCAACAGCAACAAAGUGGUCAGACACAGGGACCCUAUCCAACACAACCCAUGCAACAAAACCAGCAAUCGCAGCCACAGAGUGGACAAUCUCAAGGAUCCUUUCCGCAACAGCAACAAAGUGGUCAGACACAGGGACCCUAUCCAACACAACCCAUGCAACAAAACCAGCAAUCGCAGCCACAGAGUGGACAAUCUCAAGGAUCCUUUCCGCAACAGCAACAAAGUGGUCAGACACAGGGACCCUAUCCAACACAACCCAUGCAACAAAACCAGCAAUCGCAGCCACAGAGUGGACAAUCUCAAGGAUCCUUUCCGCAACAGCAACAAAGUGGUCAGACACAGGGACCCUAUCCAACACAACCCAUGCAACAAAACCAGCAAUCGCAGCCACAGAGUGGACAAUCUCAAGGAUCCUUUCCGCAACAGCAACAAAGUGGUCAGACACAGGGACCCUAUCCAACACAACCCAUGCAACAAAACCAGCAAUCGCAGCCACAGAGUGGACAAUCUCAAGGAUCCUUUCCGCAACAGCAACAAAGUGGUCAGACACAGGGACCCUAUCCAACACAACCCAUGCAACAAAACCAGCAAUCGCAGCCACAAAGUGGACAAUCUCAAGGAUCCUUUCCGCAACAGCAACAAAGUGGUCAGACACAGGGACCCUAUCCAACACAACCCAUGCAACAAAACCAGCAAUCGCAGAUAUCACAGAAUCCACAGGCUCAAGGCUCCUAUCCCCAGCAAAUGCAGCAAAAUCAACCGUCCCAGCAGGGUGCCCAAGGGGCAUUUCCACAGUCCCAGCAAGGGCAGCAUCAACAAGGAACCAACUUCCAGAAAUUUCCGCAGCAGUCAGCCAAUUUCCAGCAGUUUCCACAGAACUUCCAGGGCUUGGGCCAACAACAGCCGCAUGGCAACUACAACAUGCAGCAAGGCUCAGUACCGGUGAUGCAGCAGCAGAUGCAGAACUUCCAGGGCUUGCAGCAUGGCAACUAUCCCAUGCAGCAGGGUUCAGUACCACAGCAGAUGCCGUCAAACCAGCAAUGGCAGCAGUCACAGUGGUCACAAGGUCAGCAAGGGCAAACUCUGCAGGAGUUCUGCCCGCAGCUAAACUGA